UAAUAAUAAGACUCAAAGUCGAAUUUGAAGCUGGGAUCUUCACUUGAUUUGACAAAGACAGAUGAACCAUUCACAAAUUUGAAGAGUGUAUUAAAGGAAAAACGAAUGUCACGGUAAUGGCACAGGUCAGACAGAACUAUUUGAUUGUACUUAAACUGUGUUUUCGCCCUAAGGGCUACUCAUUUUUAGCAAAGGAAAAGGGUCUAAGUGAGGGGUGUCGUUUUGUCAUUCCCGCGUCGAGUUUUUCAUUUAAAAGGAAAGGGCGUGUUUUAAGGUUAAUGAGAGGCUUGUUAGUGUGCGUUAAAUACGUUAUUACAAGGAAUACUGCGAUUCACUAUACUCAGAAAUUGGUACAAUCUCUCCCACUGUAACUAGCGUCGUCAAGGAUGAUUGCUUUAAAGGCGUUACUGAAGGUGAUCGAUAACACAGGAGCUAUUACAGCAGAAUGCAUUCAGGUGUUGCGGGCUGGGAAAUUCGCUUCGGUGGGAGACGAAAUUGUUGUAGUCGUACACAAAGCUAAGAGUAACAUCGGAUCGAGCAAUGUUACCAAGGUCAAACGUGGAGAACUGUACCGGGCCAUUGUAGUACGAACCCGAUAUCCCGUAAAACGACCUGACGGAAGUUGGCUCAGGUUUAGCGACAACGCAUGCGUUCUUGUUGACAAAAACCGUGAACCUCUCGGCACACGCAUUUUAGGGGUUAUUGCUCGAGAAACUAGAGACAAAAAGCUCCUCAAACUCGUUUCAAUAGCACCCAAGUUAGUCUGA